AUCGUGCCUUGGGAUCUAGCAACUAAAGGAUUUUUCUUUAGUGACGAAGUGUACAUUGUACUGAAUCGUACUGACAUUCAGUCAACAAAAGUACCAGAGAGGGUAAGGAUGCUCUGUAAUUUAAAACAGAAAAUGGCGAAUAAGGUUUUGCUUGAUUUUGAUGCUGUCAGUGACAUUAACUCUUUCUGGCGUGGAAUACCAUAAAAUGCCAUAAUAGGGCCAUUUAUAAGAGGAAAAAUAAGACGCGUAUUACAUAUUAAAAAAAAAGACGAGUCUUAAAUAAGACGCGAACUGGACCAUUUAUACGAGCAUGUCUUCUUUAAGUCUUCUGUAGACUUAAACGUACUUUUAACGUGUAAGUUUAUAAUACGAAGAUAGCAAUUUGAUUAAUAAAUAUAAAUUGUGAUAGAGUGGUUUUCGUUUGAGUGUCGUAAAACCAAAACCAAAGUAAUUACACUGGCCAAUCACAUAGGACACAGACAAUACAUUGAACCAAUCAAAACUCGAAGUAAUUACAUGUGGCUGACGCAAAGCGCGGGAAAAUGCAUGCGAGCGCGUCACAAUUGGCUUUGGUUUUACUUCUGAUUGGAUGAAAAGGUGGCGCGAAUCUUUUAAGCCAAUCGCAUCGUGUAGAAAGUGCAAAACCAAUUACUUUUCGACACUCAAACGAAAACCGCUCUAGUUUGAAAGGGUCUACUUACACCGGCAGAUGUCACGCAUUUGUCCAGGAGGUCUGUUCUCGCCUUCUCCUUACUUACUAACACAAAAUCUUUUCCUCCGCGAUGGACCAAGUGUUUCUUUUUGCCUUUAACGGCGUGCUCAUUGUGUUUGAGCGAAGGAAACAAUAAAGCAGAAUGGACAAGGAAACGAAAACGUGUUGUAAUUUGUAAACAUUUUUUCCCCGCCAGUGGCCUGCCAGUCCACCGCGGGGCAAGCGAUAAUUUUCCCGCCAAAAAUUAACGCAUGCGUACUAUGCGUUCGCGUCUUAUGUAAGACGCGAAGGUCAUUUAUACGAAGUUUUUCUCGUCUUAGCUAAGACGCGUCUUAUCCAAGAACAGGUGUUAAGGGCUGUUCUAAAAUAAGACACGUCUUAGCUAAGUCGGUUCUUAUUUUAGACGAAACGUGCCUUUUAUACGGAAAGUUCGCGUCUUAAUUAAGACGAGUUAUAUGUAAGACGCGUCUUAUUUUUCCUCGUAUAAAUGGCCCUAUUAGUUUUAGAAUUCCAUGUCCUCAUUACAGUCGAACUUCUCCACAACGGCCACCUUGGAGACAGAAGAAAGUGGCCGUUGUUAGGAGGUACGGGUGAAAUACGUAAUAUGUAUGGCGGGGGGCACAAACUUGGACCCCACAAUACAAACGUCUGUAAAUUUUCGCAAAUUUGCAGAGCUAUUUCUUCCAGUUCUCUUACUGCGUGAGACGUAUCACUUUCAAAUUUGGCAAUGUUACUAAUAUUAAGGCGCUCUUUACAGUGGUGUCAAAGGAUUUUCCUUAACUGGUUCAUUUCAAAAGUUGAUAAACCAUUUCAAGGUCUAUUACACCGACCUAUAAGGACCGCUGUGACCAACACGUCAAAAGAUCUAAAAUUAAACACCGCGUGCGUGUUCGUGUCCGCACUGUUUAUUGUUAAAUAUUAAGGCCAUAAGAUACAUUUGUAACUUUAGUGCACAAGGGCAUCAUUGAUAGAUAAAAAAGCAUGGUCGGUAUUAAUUAUCACCUACCAAAAAUCUGAUGGCAAAGUUCUGUUCUUUUGAAGAGGCUCCAAACACCGGAUGAUAUUUACUGCUGGGUUGGGAAGUCGGCAAGUCGUGAUUCGUACAGAACUGGCCUCUACAAUGCUGUAGCACUCGACGAAGCGGUAAGCCUUGCAACUCUUUAUCAACUCAUUGCAGUGACUUACAGUGACACAUAAUUAUGGUCUUGACUUCUCUGCAGGAGUUUAAUCCAGUAAGGAAAGAAGGAAUUAAGGCGUGCAAGAACGCAAUAGCGCGCGUUUCUUUUCUUUUUUCUUCUUCCUCGCGCGUUCCUGCAAGCUAUUAUGGCCCGGAUUCACAAGGCGUUAUGAGCGAGGCACGUCAACAGAAAGUGGACGUUUUUCGCUAUCGGAAAGUUGUUUUGCUAAAAUAUUAGAGCAAAUCGAGUCUAUAAGAGUAAAGACACUUAGCCAGAAUAUACAAAUUUGAUAGCAUUACAGCCAUAUAAAAAGGGCAAAGGCCUCACUUUAGAUUGACAUGCGUCUUUGCUUAAACUUUAGAUUACGUUUUGUACGACCUUGCGAGCAAUGUUUCCUUUCAUCCCCAGAGACACUGUUGUUGAAAACAUCGUGCUUCAUUCCCCACUCACACAUUACCUAUAAUACACAUCCCCCCGCUUCCCCGACAUUUUGCAUAAGCUAGAGCUGCUAUUAAAAAAGAAGCCCCUUUUCAUUUGGACGUCAUUUUUAUGGUCGAUAAGAGUACAGACCCAGAGAUUCUAACCCUCCCUUUUUGGCCUUAAACCUCUCGUACUCGGCGAAUAUUUCCGGCCUCCCGUUUUCGCUUAUAAAAUAUUCUCCCUGUUUUUUGAAACUCUUCCUAGCCAAAGAAAGACAAUGUUUUCUUUGUCUAACCAGUCCUUUUUGCACGAUUCUUUGCCGUUUUUUACCUUUUUGGCAUCCGAGCAUUAACCUGCGAAAACUUUGGGCGCGGCAAUGCGCUGGAUUGCUUCGACUUUGUGUAAGAAAUUGCGUCUUAGAGGCACAUAUCCCUAGAGGCUCACGCCUUCGGCGCUCGUGGGCGCGGCUAUGUCGCUCUAAAAACCUACCCUUUUUUAGCUGACAGGGUUGGAAUCUCUGUAGACCAUGGAAAAUCGUUGUCGAUUUGUUAAAUACAAUAGUAUUAAUGGCAAAAGAACGUCAGCAUUUAUCCAUAUAAAUAUUAAUAAAAACGAGGAGAAUUGGAUCAGUUGCUUAAGAAUAAAACAUUAUUGCUGCGUUUUCUUCACAGUUGGAAGGAGUGGCAAUUGUUCACCGAGAGGUGCAAGACUUCGAAUCCAAACGAUUUUUAAAUGGAUUUGAAUUCUACACGGUGCUUAAAGGAAGGUACAAUAGCAAGAUAACUCUAUCAAGUUCUGUCUUUUUUUUCCCUUUGUUAAACGAUAACAGAGUAAUACAAAAGCAAAAAGGGAUAUAUUUACUUUUCUAGUGUUCUCAGACGUUUAUUCUCGAGCGAACCUGAAAUGAGAAACAAACUUAAACAGUAGGCUUACCAAAAGUAACAACUGUAUAUUAUGAAACCUGAAAACCUUCCAUUACACGUGAAAGGCUGGACCUACCCCCGCAUCCCUGCCCCUAUCCCUUUGGUCCGCCAACAGUAAGGGAGGGAGGAGGGGGGCGGGGGGCUAGGAAAUCUUAUUGAGGGACAACCAUAUCAAAGCUUUCUCCUCCGCAGAGGCCUAUUUCUGUCGUAGGGAGACUGAGGAGAAAGAAAAAGAAAGCGUAUUUUUCUUACUUCCCAUCGUCCCCCGCGCGCUUUCUAUUUUCUUGAUAUUGGGAUACCCAGCCGGAGCAUCUGCAGCGGAGAGAGAUAUCACAGAGAAUAAGGGUACCCCUUAUAGUCCACGAGUUUCGUUUGAGGCCGGACGCCGGACGCAACGUCCGGUUGUUUGACCACAACGUUUUUUUUAAAAUCAAAGAUAGAUUUGACCCUUAGUUUACUCACACAGUUAUGCAACGCAUACAAAUUUUUGGGAGCAUUUUUUACUUUUCCUGCUGCACUCAAUGCUCGCGCCUGCUGCACGAACAGUGCAAAUCCAGUAGCUAAACCUCUGCUCCGGUAAUUCCAAAUGUUACCGAAAACCCUGUUAUACGACCAUUUAGAUACAGUUUCCGAAAUUCACAACAUUUACAUUUGACUUUCAAUUAGAUCUGAUGGCUUGGACAAUUGUGAUCUGCAUACCAAGUAUAAAAAGCGACUCCUUCGCGUCACAGGGCCACUGGGGGUGAGUAAAUGAAGCAGCUUUAAGACAGGCCGCAACAUGAGGCUGAUUUCAAAGAGACUUAAGCAAUCUCAGGCUCAACAACAGCUACAGCAAGCUGUUUUUUCACGGUUAAACAGCGUGGUUUUCGAUUGAGUAUCGUAAAACCAAAACGAUAAUAACUUGCCAAAUCACAACAUGUGUACAAAAUCCAGUAACUCCAUGAAAACUCACAUGAAUUGAAGGUAGUACAUCAUAUCAUGUCUAGGGUUGGGGGAGCGGGUCACUGGACAUACUCCAGAGAUGUUUUAGACAAAUGCAAAACGAGUGAAGGUAAAAUACACAUCCCUGAGAACUUUAGGAUAUUUAUUGAUAUGGAAAAAUUCUUGUUUUAUUCCCGGUACAAAAAUAGCGGGAAAACGUUUAUGGAGCAAAUUAAAUCACAGCACAUGAAAACCGUAAACCAAUACGAUUACGAUAAUAAUUCCAACUCGUCUAAUGAAAGAAUACCUAUAUAGGGAAAGGAGGAGGAGGAAGGGGGAGGGAGAGGGAAAGCAUUAACCAAAAGGGAACCAAAACAAGAAAUAGUUAGGACGAAAACUAUAAGGAUUGUUAGGUAAAAAAGAGCAAAGGUAUCAAGUUUCUUUACUAAUUUUUAAACGCUUUACAUUUUAUAAAAAGGCUUACAAGUAGUGAAAAUAUUGCGCACUCACCCUUCAGGAAGAAACAUAUCCUUGGUGGACAACCACGUGACGUGUUGGCUAAAUAUUGAAUUCGCGUGAAAAAAGGGUUUAGAUCACAGUAGAAGGAAACACCAUCGUUCUUGUCAAGAACAUGACCGCCCGUGACGACAGCUGCAAUGAAAAAAGCAAUAGGCAACUGAUUAAUUCCCUUAAGGCGCUACAGAGAGAAGAAGUCGUUAUGCCACGUUGCCAUGGAAGCAAAAUUUUCUGGAUCUUAACAAAGCGUGGUCCUGCAAACAUGGCAGAAAAAACCGAGAAAGUUGAUAUGCAUUACUUUCCUGUGUAUGAUUGCAUUUAUGAAAAAAACGGUAACCCAUACUUUUCUUCCAUCAUUGCACAAUGCAAAUGGUUUUAUCUGUCAAGAAAGGUUGUUAAGAUCUAGAGAUUUUGUUACCACGGUAACGUGACGUCACACUUGUCCUCUCUAUAGGGAAAAUCAUGAAUACCACGUUGCACAAAACUGAAUUUCAGAUGUGGUAAAAUUUCUUUCCACAAAAAAUAUUAUGUUUUCAUUUAAAUUUCAGGGUACCCUUUGUAUUCGUGAGACAUCUAUGAAGAGAGGAGCAAUGAGAGAAUCCAAAGAUUUGUUUAUCCUUGAUAAGGGCUUGACAAUAUACGUGGUAAUGUGUCAUUCAAUGAAUAAUCCCCUGCCUAUAAUCGGUAAAUCCACAAAGAGGGAAUGAACAAGCCAGUAUUUGCCAUGAAAACAAUGCUUUACAUUUGCCUGGUUGCAUGGCUCAUUUCUCAGGUUUCUUUGUACCUUAUGCUUAUCAGGGUCUCUUCUGGUGCCGGAGAAAGAGCCUACUUACAACUGAAUAUAUAGUAGAUCCCCUAUUUAGCCCCCUCUCUUAAAUAGGCCCCCCUCCCUAAUAAGUCUUCCUUUUCAGGGGAAGAAAGUUAAUAAGCGCCCCCCUCUCCUCCCGGGUAAUGAGAAGUGUAUAUUUACAAAAACAUCCUCGGCUGCGUUGCCUCCAAGUUCUUGUACUUGAGCUUUUCUACUUUGCAUUCUAGUUCUUUAUGGAGAACUGAUACCACUAAAUAAAAUAAGCCCCUAGCAAAAGGCUCACCCGUCGCUACCAAGCUCCCCCUCAAACGCUUUUGAAAUAAAUAGGACCCCGGGGGGUUAAUAAAGGAUUUACGGUAGUUAAAAAGCCUUUCGUUCUGAACGAGACUAACCUGCGUUAAAGGUGGAGAAGCAAUGUUGAGUGCAACUUCAGGAACGCGCCUAAGUGAUAAAUGGGCGUGGGAAAACUAGGUCUAUGCGCGUGAUUCUGACAAAUACGCUUAUGAAAUGCCUACCUAUAUUCAAGGACACCAAUUACGAAACCAAAAAAAAAAAGUUUGGUGAGCCGAGGUUUGGGGGCUUGCAGCCCGACAAAUGAUUGUAAUUUACCUUUUACUUGAUGAUCUGUCCCUUGAGCUUGUAAUUUCUGACAGAGAAUCUGUAAAAAAAAAAACAUAUGCUGGUGGUUUGAAACAGCGGCGAAAUCAACGGGCUCUCUUUGAAUAGUUAUCCUAUGGGUCAGAGGUAACAGCAACUUCUUUGUGAAAAUUGUGAAAGAGAAUAAAUAGGAAACAAUAAUCAAGAAAAAAAGAUUUGGAUCGAAUAUUGAGGAUCUGCGAACUCGGUGACCCAAAUCAGCAAAUUUUAAAGUUGUUCCAGCAAACGGUAUACAAUCCAACUGGGUGAUUCCGAUCGUAUAAUAUCAGCACUUUUCCCCGGAUGACGCGCUGGAAUCAGGAAGACACCCCUUCCCGCCCAACACUGGUUGAUUCAGAUACUCAGCUAGCACUCUCUCACAUAAUCAGUGAGCUGAUUUAUUAUACUGUUCUUGUAUUCUUAGUGGGUCGGUAGUGGAUUAACAGAUUCAGAGCUCAAAGUCAAAAGAGCAAAAGAAUACGCCGAAGGAAUUAAGGUAAUGAAACAAAAACACCUAGAGUCAUCAACGUGGCCAGGCCCCAAGUUUACGUCGCUUAUUCCUGAAGUUAGGAUUUACUGCACGAUCUACUCCUGAUUUACUCCAAGCCUUCGUACCCGUUUAGAGGUCUGGCUCUCUUCUAGUCUGGUGGACCAACCAGGCGGCUGCUUUAUAAUACUUCAAUCCAUCAAAUUUCUUAUGCCCCUGUUUUGUUUUUUUAAGGCAGAGCGCAAGGACAGGGGCAUUAGAGUUGGUACAGUCCGUAAGUUCAAUUUCCAAUUUUUUACCUCUAACUAAUAAUAGUCCCAAAAGUUUUACACUUUGCGGUCGUAACAAUUCUAACCAGACUUCGAUGUUGAAAAUACCUCUAGAGAAAUCAAUCCAUCUAUUCUUCCGUCCAUUUGUACAUGCCUCCUCUCUCACUCAGGCCUCCUCUGCAUCAAACAUUCAUCCGUCGAUCCAUCCGUUACCCUUUCCCUCCCAACCUCCCUUCCUCCCAUUGCUCCCCAUCCCUCUGUCCAUCCGUCCGUCCGUCCCUCAAUCCUUCUUUCUGUCCCUCCGUCUGUCUGUCCAUCCCUCCCUUUUACCCUCUGCUCGUUCGUUUAUCCGUUUCUCUCUCCAUCUCUACGUCGGUUUGACCGUUUGUCCGUUUAUCUGUCGGUUUGUCGGUUUGUCCCUCCGUCCCUUUGUCCCUCUAUCUGUCCGUCCGUUUCUUGAUCUGCCCGUCUGUCUCUCCGCCCGUCCGUCUAUCCAUCCAUCCAUCAACUACUGAAUCUCUUACGAAUAUUUUCAGAUUGUCCUUGAUCACUCACUCCAUAGACUUUUUUUAAACAACAAUACCGUUCUUUUCGCAUUGCAAACGGUUUGCCUAGUAGGCCACAGUGUCAGAGAGUCACAGUAUAGCCUGUAAGGUGUUGUGUGUGAGUAAACUUCACUUUUUCCAAGACUAGUUUAACUUAUUUUCGUUCUUGUCUUUUAAGAUGAGAAUGAUGAGACGUUGGAUAAAACUCACGAAUUAUACUGGGAGUUUCCUUAUCAAGCGAAAAAACCUAUUCAAGCAAAAAAAUGGAAACCCCCACAACAGCCACAACGCGANUAAGUUCAAUUUCCAAUUUUUUACCUCUAACUAAUAAUAGUCCCAAAAGUUUUACACUUUGCGGUCGUAACAAUUCUAACCAGACUUCGAUGUUGAAAAUACCUCUAGAGAAAUCAAUCCAUCUAUUCUUCCGUCCAUUUGUACAUGCCUCCUCUCUCACUCAGGCCUCCUCUGCAUCAAACAUUCAUCCGUCGAUCCAUCCGUUACCCUUUCCCUCCCAACCUCCCUUCCUCCCAUUGCUCCCCAUCCCUCUGUCCAUCCGUCCGUCCGUCCCUCAAUCCUUCUUUCUGUCCCUCCGUCUGUCUGUCCAUCCCUCCCUUUUACCCUCUGCUCGUUCGUUUAUCCGUUUCUCUCUCCAUCUCUACGUCGGUUUGACCGUUUGUCCGUUUAUCUGUCGGUUUGUCGGUUUGUCCCUCCGUCCCUUUGUCCCUCUAUCUGUCCGUCCGUUUCUUGAUCUGCCCGUCUGUCUCUCCGCCCGUCCGUCUAUCCAUCCAUCCAUCAACUACUGAAUCUCUUACGAAUAUUUUCAGAUUGUCCUUGAUCACUCACUCCAUAGACUUUUUUUAAACAACAAUACCGUUCUUUUCGCAUUGCAAACGGUUUGCCUAGUAGGCCACAGUGUCAGAGAGUCACAGUAUAGCCUGUAAGGUGUUGUGUGUGAGUAAACUUCACUUUUUCCAAGACUAGUUUAACUUAUUUUCGUUCUUGUCUUUUAAGAUGAGAAUGAUGAGACGUUGGAUAAAACUCACGAAUUAUACUGGGAGUUUCCUUAUCAAGCGAAAAAACCUAUUCAAGCAAAAAAAUGGAAACCCCCACAACAGCCACAACGCGAGGUAAACUACGAAGCCCUCUGUGCAAACUGUUUUUGCAGGUUUUGUCCAGUGCAAAUGUAAGAAGCGAAUAACUAUUCAAAGUUGAUGACAGCAUCAUAGAGUAUAUAUAUCACACGUGGCAGAAAAUGUGUAAACCAAUUUGCCGCAAAUGCACUUUCCCACCAUUGCUUUGCAAAGAAAUGUUUUAACAGCAUUGAAAAAGUAAGGUCGGAGGAAAUUUAUAUUCUAACGUUUUCUAGUAUAUAAUAGAGGAUCAAAAGGUCUCUGAAUAGGGGAAAUACAUACGUCAAAGUUCUCUUUUAAAGAGGUAAAAAGCUUGUUGUAUUUGUUUGACGAUAGACGCCUGAUCCUAGCUUGGAUUGCAUUACUGAAGCGUUACUGAACCAAAAUUUGUUCCUUUUUUUUGUUAAGUCUGGCCCAGGUCUGCAUGUGUUCCUAGGACAGAAGCUGAAUAGAAAGAUGUUUCAAGUGAGACUCUUGUAAGUGUUUCAAAAACUUUCAUAACAAUUUUCACAGCAUUUUAUAGCAGUUUCGAUACAGCUGCAAAUAUCUGCCCUCUCUUCUACGCAGAGGCUCUCGCUGGGCAUUCCAAUAAAACUCGAAAUAAUUAAAAAAUAGUAAGCGCUUUCUUUUCCCCCCUCCAACUUAGUCCAGUUCUAAACGUGAGCUCUUAAAUUGGCUUUAUUAACUCAGUUAUUCAGAAAAAUUUUUGGAGAACCUUUAAAAGAUUCUGGGAGCUGCGAGUCUAGCAGGCUGGAAAAUCAUUGAAUUUUCUAAAAAAAUGCUUGGCCGGUUACACCUCCUCACCCUUCUCUUACAAAAAUGCUGAGCACAGAAAUUCAGUUUAAAAACCUGAGUAUUUAUUACAUAGUGGACUUGAGCAAUAAAUGAUCUAGGAAAGGCUCGAUACUAGCACACACGGAUAUCCGCUGAUCGCAACAUAACGCACUGCACUGCUUACUCAACUAACAAAGUCCAAAAGCUCUUAAUGUGUUCUCUAUCUUUGUGACUCUCAAGGAAUCCCGUUGCCCGCAGAGAUCAUGACUUUCGUUUCCAAGAAAAAUGUCAAGGAGAAGACGUUUGCCUGAGGUUAAUGGAUUCCAAAGAAGGUCUGUUUAUACAUGAACUGGGUACUUUCCACUGAUAGGAGGAAAACUCCACAUGGAAAAUUCCUUUUUAUGCCAGUUCCAAGCAAAUAAAGCGAUUUCGUUUUGGUAAUCGAAUUGGGCGUUUGGACUUUUUUUCGUGUAGAUGGGGGAAUUUCUUGGUAGCACGGUCGGUUGGUACAUACUCCCAAUCUUACGCAAAGAAGGAAUGAAUGAAUUACUAAUAGUCGCAUUACUGAACAUGCUUAUUAUUUCGGGCGAUAACUGUAAUGGUGCGCCAUCUUGAUCACGUUUUCAACGCCUCGCAGGUGCUAAGAUGGGAAGGAAAGAAUCGUUUAGAUACGAAAGAGAACGACGCGCGCUUAAGGCGCGGCAAAGCACUUGUUCGGUCUUUUCAAAAGUGUUCAUAUCUUUUAUCACGUUUUAAAGCUUUUUUUAUCUCUUUACACUUUCUCUACGAAUUUUGCGAUUCAAGAGAGGAGAUAGCUACCGUCACUAUGCGAUACCAGGGCUAAGUACCUGUUAAAGCGUACUUGCAAGCUGUUUCAAGGGAGGCGAUUUCACACUCUUUUGUCACAGCUAAUAUCAGCUGUUUCUUACAAUUAACCUGUCUUUGUUUUAAUUGCAGUUUACGUUGUUCAUGUGAAAGAUUCUGAGGAGCAUGUGUUUAUCCGGGUUGGCAAAUCUUCAUGGAUACGAGAAAAGGGAAACGGUUUGAUUGUUGGUCAUGUGAGUAUUAUAGUGACCAGUAGCUUUGUUUUGGUAUCCAGUGAUUAUCGAGGAUACGCGCGCGUGAACUAGCGUCAUUUUGGAAUGCACAAUGCGCGGAAAACUUUCAGUCACUUCUCGUCCUUUCGAAAGGAAUUAGGGCACGAGACCGCACGCGAGGGAGGAAGGAAUGCCCCGCGCGCUCUCGCGCUCCCAAAGUCCCCCUUCCCCUUUUAACGUCUGCCACGCAGGCUAUCCUCGUCCUCGAAUCUAAUGUUCCCUAAUGUCCUUAGACCUGUUAACAAUAACAGGUGUGUUUUCCAGAGGUGGCGUGGAGUACAGUAGGCUGUUUUCUCAGGCUAAUUUCAAAACAAAAUGAGAUUUUUCUAAUGGAAUCUGCCUGGGUUGUGGAUCUCCUUCUAAGUACCUCUCGUUGAGUAGCCUCACGACAUAAGCCGGAUGAUACCGCAUAGAUGGUAAUAAUGUGCGACAAGCUACCACAUUUGUUGUUGUUGUUGUUUUCUUUCAAAAUCGACAGGAUUAUCUGAAGGACGAAGAGUUGACAUUCGAAAGACACUCUGGAAUCCCCAUUACUGUUGUUAAAGAAGAACAGUUUUCAAUUCAACUCCAGGCCGCCAUUGGCAUAUAGGUGAGCCACCUCUCAAAAGUUUUGCUCUUGCCUUUUGUAAGAAUUUGAAAUAAAAGCAAGCAAUGGUAAAGAGAAGAGUAUAGCCUGUACCUUCUAAAGUGGAGUUGCUUCUUGUAAUUGACGCUAUUAAAAACGACUCAGAACCAUUGCAAUGGUUUUUGGGAUUAAGUUUUUGAUGGAAGCCUUUAAGUUCCAAGUGAGAAAAGAUUGCUUGGCAUUAUGGGCCGGAUUGUUCGAAGCGGGGUUAACUGAAAUAACCAGCGUGUUCAAAAGAUGGAUAGCGCUGUCCACUACAAUUUUUAAUGAAUUUAAGUUGCAUUAUUAUCGUACAGAAAGAGUUCUAAACAGCGCUGAUUACUCGAUUUCUCCUUUUAUCAGUAUAAACCCAACAGACAUAUUCAUGAAGACAUUGGUCAAGGCAGCCGGUUAAUUCGCAGUUUGCCAAGAUGGGGCCAAGAUGAUCGAAGACAGGAAUUUAUCAGCUCUUGAGGAAACAUUUAUUUAUAGGGUGUUUUUACAUUAAAUAAUAGUGUUAUAAUCCACAUGUUUUAAGAAAAACUGGAUUGACCUUUGCAGUUCAUUAUAGUGCUUUAGUAGCUGAGAAUAAUAGUAAAAGUAGAAAACGAAACAUGUCUUGUUAUUGUUUAAUUCAAAUACGCUUCCAUGUAGCGUCAUCCUUCAGGGUACUCUAGAAAAUAUUAAAAAUAAGGAAAAACAAAUUACAAAACCGGCGAAAGAUAAGAUAAAAAAAAGCUGGCGUUAUCAUCAUCAUCAUCAUCAUUAUCAUCAUGGUUGUUGUCGUGAUCAUUUUUAAAAAUAUAUCAAACUAGGGCACCGUUGUGUCGUUUAACCUUGAAUCAACGAAUGCUAGAAUCAUAAACCAUUCUCCACUUAUACCCAUGACGAAUUGAGCUGACAGUCUUCGGGAUCUUUACUGAUCAAACAGAUUCAAUGAUCAAGUCUGAAACUAUGAUUUUUACAUUGCAAUUAAUAUUCGUAAUUUUUCUUUUUGCGCAAACGUACGAAUAUCGCAAAGCAUGGGGCUACAUAUGCUACACCCUGAUCGUAGUUCAGUCCAAAGCAGCGGCGGACUGGAAUGUUGAUAAGCAGUUUACUUCGGACACAAACUUUGCCAAAGUAUCUGAGAAGACGAAGGAGUAUCUAGGGAGGAGUAUAUCUGGGGUUAUAAAGAGAGUGCACAAGGCCCCCCCUAUCCCCUACCCGCCAAAAAACAUCAUUCAUAAGUCAAACACGCAUUUUUUUUUAUUUUCAUUUUCGCUCAGGUAAUUAUAAGACAGUUGAAGAACUUCAACGAAGUUGAAUUUUUACGAGAUCUUCAAAUGAAUGACUGGAAUCUCGAUACUGCAUGCGAUAACUCAAAUGAUAUGGCGACGUUUGGAAACUGCUAUUAACGAGUGUUAUAGACAAGAAUGCACCUUUUAGAACAAAAAGGACCAAAAGCAAAAGCUUUCGACGGAUCAUAAAUAAACUGUUGCGUGAAAUAUAUAAAGGGGACUUUCUAAAGAGGAAAGCUACUUCUUCAAACGAUCCCUUAAUUGGGAAACAGUUCAAAGAUGAACGAAAUAAGACUAACAACGCUAUAAAGAAAGCCAAGCGUAAAAACUUUUCUGAAAUACUAGAUGCAAACAAAGGUGAUCCUCAUAAAACUUGGCUUCAGUCUCCACAAAAGUAAAUCAGCUGGACUGUCCCAAAUCAAAAUAGCUAGGAAGUCAAGUUUUCACGUCACCUGGUGAUAAAGCUGAAGCGUUCAAUAACCAUUUUACAAACAUUGGCCAAUCUCUAGCUCGCGAAAUUCCCAGUGUAGACAUUGAUCCCCUUUCCUAUGUAAGUCCUAUCUGAACGGAGUAUUUUCUUUCGAACGGAUCAAUGUUCAAAAAGUCAUAAAAUUACUUAAAGCUAUCGAUGUUGGCAAAGCAACUGGUCUUGACAAAAAUUCGCUAAAAAUUGCAGCCGAUGUUGUUUCGCCCUCUUUAACAGGUAUUUUACAUCAAUCCAUACUGACUGGGAUUUUCCCCUGUGACUGGAAACUAGCAAAAGUGUCACCUAUUUUUAAGAAUGGCUCCAAGUCAGACCUAAACAACUACCGGCCAAUAUCUGGUAUCCCUGCCGUUUUGUUUUAAUUGCAGUUUACGUUGUUCAUGUGAAAGAUUCUGAGGAGCAUGUGUUUAUCCGGGUUGGCAAAUCUUCAUGGAUACGAGAAAAGGGAAACGGUUUGAUUGUUGGUCAUGUGAGUAUUAUAGUGACCAGUAGCUUUGUUUUGGUAUCCAGUGAUUAUCGAGGAUACGCGCGCGUGAACUAGCGUCAUUUUGGAAUGCACAAUGCGCGGAAAACUUUCAGUCACUUCUCGUCCUUUCGAAAGGAAUUAGGGCACGAGACCGCACGCGAGGGAGGAAGGAAUGCCCCGCGCGCUCUCGCGCUCCCAAAGUCCCCCUUCCCCUUUUAACGUCUGCCACGCAGGCUAUCCUCGUCCUCGAAUCUAAUGUUCCCUAAUGUCCUUAGACCUGUUAACAAUAACAGGUGUGUUUUCCAGAGGUGGCGUGGAGUACAGUAGGCUGUUUUCUCAGGCUAAUUUCAAAACAAAAUGAGAUUUUUCUAAUGGAAUCUGCCUGGGUUGUGGAUCUCCUUCUAAGUACCUCUCGUUGAGUAGCCUCACGACAUAAGCCGGAUGAUACCGCAUAGAUGGUAAUAAUGUGCGACAAGCUACCACAUUUGUUGUUGUUGUUGUUUUCUUUCAAAAUCGACAGGAUUAUCUGAAGGACGAAGAGUUGACAUUCGAAAGACACUCUGGAAUCCCCAUUACUGUUGUUAAAGAAGAACAGUUUUCAAUUCAACUCCAGGCCGCCAUUGGCAUAUAGGUGAGCCACCUCUCAAAAGUUUUGCUCUUGCCUUUUGUAAGAAUUUGAAAUAAAAGCAAGCAAUGGUAAAGAGAAGAGUAUAGCCUGUACCUUCUAAAGUGGAGUUGCUUCUUGUAAUUGACGCUAUUAAAAACGACUCAGAACCAUUGCAAUGGUUUUUGGGAUUAAGUUUUUGAUGGAAGCCUUUAAGUUCCAAGUGAGAAAAGAUUGCUUGGCAUUAUGGGCCGGAUUGUUCGAAGCGGGGUUAACUGAAAUAACCAGCGUGUUCAAAAGAUGGAUAGCGCUGUCCACUACAAUUUUUAAUGAAUUUAAGUUGCAUUAUUAUCGUACAGAAAGAGUUCUAAACAGCGCUGAUUACUCGAUUUCUCCUUUUAUCAGUAUAAACCCAACAGACAUAUUCAUGAAGACAUUGGUCAAGGCAGCCGGUUAAUUCGCAGUUUGCCAAGAUGGGGCCAAGAUGAUCGAAGACAGGAAUUUAUCAGCUCUUGAGGAAACAUUUAUUUAUAGGGUGUUUUUACAUUAAAUAAUAGUGUUAUAAUCCACAUGUUUUAAGAAAAACUGGAUUGACCUUUGCAGUUCAUUAUAGUGCUUUAGUAGCUGAGAAUAAUAGUAAAAGUAGAAAACGAAACAUGUCUUGUUAUUGUUUAAUUCAAAUACGCUUCCAUGUAGCGUCAUCCUUCAGGGUACUCUAGAAAAUAUUAAAAAUAAGGAAAAACAAAUUACAAAACCGGCGAAAGAUAAGAUAAAAAAAAGCUGGCGUUAUCAUCAUCAUCAUCAUCAUUAUCAUCAUGGUUGUUGUCGUGAUCAUUUUUAAAAAUAUAUCAAACUAGGGCACCGUUGUGUCGUUUAACCUUGAAUCAACGAAUGCUAGAAUCAUAAACCAUUCUCCACUUAUACCCAUGACGAACUGAGCUGACAGUCUCCGGGAUCUUUACUGAUCAAACAGAUUCAAUGAUCAAGUCUGAAACUAUGGUUUUUCUUUUUGCGCAAACGUACGAAUAUCGCAAGGUAUGGGGCUAUAUAUGCUACACCCUGAUCGUAGUUCAGUCGAAACCAGCGGCGGACUGGAAUGUUGAUAAGCAGUUUACUUCGGACACAAACUUUGCCGAAGUAUCUGAGAAGAAGAAGGACUAUCUAGGGCGGAGUAUAUCUGGAGUUUCAAAGAGAGUGCACAAGCCCCUCCCCUCCUACCCCCUCCCCCCAAAAAACAUCAUUCAUAAGUCAAACACGCAAAUUUUUUUAUUAUCAUUUUUCGCUCAGGUAAUUAUAAGACAGUUGAAGUUCGAAAGCUCAAGAACUUCAGCGAAGUUGAAUUUUUACGAGAUCUUCAAAUGAAUGACUGAAAUCUCGAUACUGCAUGCAAUAACUCAAAUGAUAUGGGGACGUUUGGAAACUGCUAGUAACGAGUGUUGUAGACAAGAAUGCACCUUUUAGAACAAAAAGGACCAAAAACAAAAGCUUUCCAUAGAUCAUAAAUUAAGUGUCACAUGAAAUAUAUAAAAAGGACUUUCUGAAGAGGAAAGCUACUUCUUCAAACGAUCUCUUGAUUGGGAAACAGUUCAUAUGCACAAAAUAAGACUAACAAAGCUAUAAAGAAAGCCAAGCGUAAAUACUUUUCUGAAACACUAAAUGCAAACAAAGGUGAUCCUCAUAAAACUUGGCGGUUCAUUAAUGAGCUUCAGUCUCCACAAAAGUAAAUCAGCUGGACUGUCCCAAAUCAAAAUAGCUAGCAAGUCAAGUUUUCACGUCACCUGGUGAUAAAGCUGAAGCGUUCAAUAACCAUUUUACAAACAUUGGCCAAUCUCUAGCUCGCGAAAUUCCCAGUGUAGACACUGAUCCCCUUUCCUAUGUAAAUCCUGUCUGAACGGAGUAUUUUCUUUCGAACGGAUCAAUGUUCAAAAAGUCAUAAAAUUACUUAAAGUUAUCGAUGUUGGCAAAGCAACUGGUCUUGACAAAAAUUCGCUAAAAAUUGCAGCCGAUGUUGUUUCGCCCUCUUUAACAGGCAUUUUACAUCAAUCCAUACUGACUGGGAUUUUCCCCUGUGACUGGAAACUAGCAAAAGUGUCACCUAUUUUUAAGAAUGGCUCCAAGUCAGACCUAAACAACUACCGGCCAAUAUCUGGUAUCCCUGCCGUAGCCAAAAUUUUUGAAAAAAUUCAGUCUAUGAUCAACUUUACUAAUGAAAAUGGUGUUAAUCUGGUUUUUGCUCCCUACACAGUACUCUUACAGCUUUAUUAGAGACAAACGAUAACUGGUGUGUCAAUAUUGACAGAGGUCUUUUUAAUGGCGUAAUCUUCAUUGAUUUGAAGAAGGCUUUCGACACUAUUGACCCGGAGAUUAUUCUAAAAAAACUCAGUUAAUACGGCGUUGACCAAGAUGCCUUGAAAUGGUUCACAUCUUAUCUAACUAACCGUACGCGAACAUGCAUUGUACACUGUAGGUAGCCGUCCAUUUAGUGAGAGCCCUCUUUACGGUGGCGUACCCUAAGGGUCAAUAAUAGACCCCCUUCUCUUUGUAUCUACGUAAAUGAUCUUCCAAACUGUUUGAACACUGGUUCUCCUAGAAUGUACGCAGACAACACUAACGUUACCUAGUGUACAUCAUCUCGAAUUACAGCUCAUAGUGAGUUGAAACAUAUUAAAGCUUAAAGCCAACAAGUUAAGUCUCAAUGUCGCCAGAACAAAGUUUAUGAUUAUUAGCUCGAGGCAGAAACUACAGACUUUAAAUGACUACACAAUAAACAUUAAUGUAGAUGGCGUCCAAGUAAACUCAUAGCAAAUCUCUUGGCUUGGCUUUUCGUUUUGAGGAUGAGGUGGGUCAGGAUAUUCUAAGGCGACGCUGCAUUAGUUGGUGAAGGAAAGUUCUUAGCGACCCGUAAUUUAAUUAUAUAAAGUCAUUGAUAUAUUCGGUGAGAAGCAGACCGACUUUCUAUUCUACAGAAUCGUAACUAAGCUUAACAUAAACUGAGAGAAUUUACGAGAAUUUUGCUCACAGUACAAAACCUAAACAUUUAUAAAACAAAACACCAUAGAAACAAAAUUAAACGAAAUCGAAGAUUUUGUUGACAAUGGCGCUUAAUUACUUGGAGAUGCGAAUUUCUUAGUGCACCAAUGAUAAUUUGAAGCUAACUACAGGUGGUGAAACAAUCUUAAACUAAGAAUUAUUGUGAAGGGAGCAUCCUUGCCAGGGUACAGUUGAAAUCUUCCAGCUAAGCACAAACUCGUUCGAAGGGUAUCAACAGCUCUAACCUUUGAUCAUGAGCGGGUUAAGAAAACAGAAGGACUAUGAUUGGAAGGACUCCAAUGUUGCGAAUAUCAAAAGCAAGGAAGACAGAGAUGUAAGUCUUCAUUUUGAACAGUUAUGGAGGAAACUCCAAAUUUGUAGAGGAACGCUAUGCAAUGUUCAAGUAGUUAAAAACAAGAGUACUUGUGUUUUGACUUUUAUAUUCAGUUACGAUUGCAUGCCGCAAAUAAAGAACCUGCUUGGAACAGAGUCGAAGAGAUUAUGUCAGACAAGCUAGGGAAAUCAACAAACAAGGAAGACCCUCAAGCAUUGAAAUUUUGGAGGGUGGAAAAAUUUCAGGUAAACAACUUGUUUCCAAUUUCUUCAUAAAAUUAUAACUGACAGUCGUUUAAUGUUUCCAACUUUUGACCCUGUGAUUGAAAUCCGCAUUCUUUAUUUUCAUGAAAUAUGUUCGCUUUUCUGUUCAUUAUACAAAAUUAAUGUAAGAUUCUGGAAAACUGAGCCCAACUUCCCCUCCCCUAACCCAACAUUUUGCCCUGAGUAAGAAAUAAGCGUUAACAUUGAGUUAAGGGAGCGAGGGGUAAAUGAAAGAUAGGUUCCCAGAUAUUAUACUGACCCUCCUCAGCAGCACUCUGAGAACGUUUUCUCACUCAAAUACAAAGUAAUUUGUCUUGGUUGUUGAACUAACCAUGGUUUGUAAAAAAAAAAUGCCUGACAGAGUAUCACAGCCUUUAAAAAUCUGUGAAAUUUAACUUUGCAAGAUUUUCUGCGAGGGAAUUGACAACGCAUUAAUAAUUAAAACCAGAAGCAUCAACAACAUCGCUUUUUGCACCAUAAAAGGCAAAGUUUUUAAAAUUCUUUGAUGAGAGUUUUUGGCAACAAUGGGUGGUUGCUAGCCCUUCUGGGACAGCCAAAAAUCAUUUUUUUCGUGAUCCUGUUGGGUAAAGUAAGUUGGAGUAGUAUCAGUGCAUACUUUGUGCAUUUCAAAUCACACUCUGGAACAUUACAAUAAGUUCAAUUGAAUAAGACCGGUGUUCCAGCGUCAGGUGAAUUGCAUAAUUUUGUAGCUUUUAUUAUUUAUUGCAUCAGUAGAGAUUUAAAUUAAUUGGGCUCAGUAAAUUUCAGUUCCUCUGUGACCAUAUUCAAAAAAUGGAGAUCAAUAAAAUUUUAUCUUAACUUGCGUUUUUGUCUUUGUAGCCGUAUAAUUUCUAAAAAUACAGAUCGAGAUACCUUUGUAAAGCAUUUUAUUUGUAAUAAAAACAAAUCAGUCUGUUUUCAACCUAUGCCACCGGUAUUAGAAUUGUAAAGGAAAUAAAGGGAGAUGUAAAGAAUCAAUGAUAAGAGGACACAGAAAAAAUCUGAGUCCCAGAUGGGAUUCGAACCCAGGACCCUCCGUUUUAGAGCAUCUGAUCUAGAACAAACAACGAUUUGCGAAAGGUGCACAGAGGAACAUAACCGACUUUUUUAAGGCUUGAAUAAUUACAGAUAGCAUAAAUAUCUUUCCUAUUACAUUUUUUACUCUAGUUACUGUUUACUGCAGGGAAAGACACCUUAUGUUACAACUUUUUACGGUGCAGAAUUGCGCUGUAGCUCGUUUCGUUUUAAAACAGUGAUUUGUCUAGGACUGUACUUACUUUGUAGCUGAUAUGUACAAUGCUGUCUGAAAGACAGUGUCUUUUUACCGUGAAUUAAAAAUUUAAAUGUAGUUUAAAGACGAGUGUAAGCCUGGUUUUAGCUGCUGAAUACUUAAAACUGUAAGUGGAGUCAUAAAAGUAACGUCAUCAUAGUAAACUCUUUUAUACGGACACGGACACUUCGCUCUGUCCCUUCGGUCCCCGUAUUAGAGAGGUUCGACUGUAUUGUGAACGCCUAGCAGCAAGACUGACAACUGUUCAAAGUAUUUUUAAUCAAUUUUUUCUGAUUAAUUUCUUCGUGAACUACACUUGAACCACUGACACUACUGGAACUGGUUUCAUAUCCUCUUUUUAGGCUGUAAGCUUUAGUUCGAGAGAACUGGAGGAGAAUUCAACUUCAGUCUCAUACCCCUUGCCAUUUAAAUCGUAAAGGUACUCCAAAAACUGCUCUGCACAACAGCCACGGGGCACGAAGCCGGUUCUUCUCACAACUAGAAAGUUACACUUGCUGAUUCACAAAAUUGCUUUAAACUUUCUUUAGUCCCUAGAAUAAAUAACGCCAAUUUUCUCCUGACACAUCAAUGUACGUACAGUUUAUGAGUUUAUGAGGAUAUUUGGGCUCAAAUAAUAGAACGUUUUCAUUCGCUUGGCUAGCAGCUAUGCAAAUAUAUAGCGUCAAAGAAAAAGGUUUACAUAAGAAAAGACGUUCAACUCCCACACACACACUCCCACACACUCUUACCGCUACGGAUCUCUCCAGCUCACGCAUGGCCAUAAUUCUAACUCCUGAUGAUCCAGAUGGAUAAAAUGUAUUGUAACCUGGCUAAAGACAACUUCUAGGGGGCUAAUCUAACAAAAAACCUGAGAAACCGAAAUCCAAUAUGACCGACAGCUCGUUGCUCCAGCUUGGACUGCGCAAAUUUCGCGCAUGCGUAGCUCGCGACGUAGCUCCUUUAAGCGGCGACUUUUUUGAGCCACGGACGUCAACGGGAAGUGGACUUUUUGCUCUCUUAAGCCGUGAUUUUAAACAAAUUUUUGUCAAAUCGUCCUUAUAUAAGAGUAAAGAUACUUAUCAAUACAAAUUUGGUAGCGUUAAGGCAUAUUAGAAAAAGGCUCACUUCUGGAUAACAAAAACGUCACUAAUGGUUUGGGACAGUAACAUGGCGGACGUGACAUCAUGUGAAAAGGCUCUGCACUUUUAGAGUCUUGGAGGAAUCAAGUAUAUUGAAGGCUGGUGGGAUCGAUAAAGAGAAAAGAAGGAAGUACCUCCCCUACGUAGAGACCAAGUAGCCUGCAAUGUACCUUUUCAUUCAGUUAUCAAUAUAACCUUCUUUCUUAAAGAAGUAUGGGAUAAAAAAGUCCUGUUUCUUGUGUAAAUCAUUACCGAAAUGCUGUUCCUUUUUCUCUUUAGGUGAAAGAUUGGCUUCCUGAGGACGAAAAGGUGGUAAAAUUCUUCAAGGGAGACUCGUACAUCAUUCUUCAUGCUGAAUACAAAAAAGAUCCUCAGGGAAGACUCAGAAAGGAAGUUAGUAUAGACAAUCUGAAUUGCUUAAUCAACAAAAUGGGUUUAUACAAUAACGGCAUAAGGCAUUUGAUGUCCUACACAGGCAAAUCGUAGAUCUCCAGGUCAGGGGUAGGACAAGGAGGUCCUUUGCCUAACGGGCAGUUUGGUUUCCUUCCGAUCAAUACCCUGAGCUUCACAUCAAUGUAUUUAAAAUAUCAUCAGACUUUCAAAAAAGCCAAACGAGAACCUCCUUAUUGUAUAGCAUUAACUUUGAGAGGUAUUAAACUGAAUGUUCUCUUUCAAUUGAAAUUUUUCAGGCUGUAGACUAUGACAUCCAUUUCUGGAUUGGAAAAACGUCCACACAGGAUGAGUAUGGAACAGCUGCGUACAAAACGGUUGAGCUAGACAGUAAAGUAAGAAACAAAAUAUUUUGCAGGAUAACGUUCCCAAUAAAAUAAGUAAACGAUCCUUGACCUUCACGCAAAGUAAGUCAGAUCAGUUCAAAUCUGCUUGGCACUGGUUUUUCUUUUUAUUUCGCGCUUGGCAUUACGGUGGCAUUGGUUGUAUUUCUUGCUUAUAAUACUAGUUGCAUUCUUCAAGCGCUUGUACCGGUUGCAUUUCCCGCGUCUGGCACCGGCUGCAUUCUUUCUGCGCUUGCAGCUCAAAGCCCUGAAAAGCAUUUCCAACCGAACGUUUCUUGCUCAGAAAAAAGUUAAUUAGCCAAGUGACGCGAAGACACCUACUGUGUAAAUGUUCUUUAUUAUUCAAUUCUGCAGUUGGGAGAUGAAGCGGUGCAACAUCGGGAAGUUGAGGGGUGUGAGUCUGACGAUUUCAAAGAAUAUUUUAAGAAGAUGGGAGUAAAAUUCGAAACUAUUGAAGGAGGGUGAGUUGAGUUAAAGCUGGAACUGUAUGGCAUUAUGGGAUUGCCUCUCAAUUUGCUUAAAUCAUGUUUAUCCCAUAGGCAGCAUCAGUUUAUUGUGCAUAUAAGCAGCAUUUCAAAAUCCAAACGGUGACCUGUGUGGUACCUCAGAGGUCUUUGUAAGGUCCUUUACUGUUUCUUAUGUAAAUCAAAGAUAGCCAUUGAGCUACAAAUGUGCGCUGAUGGCACUUUAAUCAGUGCUGCAUCAGAAUUCGGCGACUCUAGGCGUUUCUUCAUGGAUAAAUCAAGAAUUAGUUGACACUAGAAAGAGGUUAUUGUAUUAUAUUUAUAAUUACCUAUCAGGGCUAAGGCACGAGAACAUUAGAUAUCUCCUUAAACUUCUUAAUUGUGAUAAUCUAGCCUCGUAAAAGGGCCAUAAACAACCUUUUUCCUAUGACCUGCGAAGGCAAUCCAAACAAAUCUCGCCCUUGGCUAGAGGAAAAACCGUUAAAAGUUCUAUGAACGGAACGCUACAAAGGCUCACAACUUAAAAUCAGCCAAAUCUGAGAGCACUAAAGUCUUAAAAAAUAUUCCUGUUAUUGCUUCUUAUUGCUGCGUAGCGACCGAAGGGAGCGAGCAGCAACAUAAUCAGGAUUUAAAGGAAAUAUAUAAGGGGCGACGAAUUCUCGAAUUCAUCACUUUUUACCACAAUGCAUUGCAUUUAACCACACUUUUUACCACAAUGCAUUGCAUUUAACCGCAGUGCAUUGCGCCACGAACAACUCAAAUAAAAACACUGGGAAGUUCGGUGGGUGAGAGAGUGCAUCGUUCGCUGCUCAGACUUAGAGUUUUCUUUGUGGCAAAUUUUCUACAGCACGGUUAGAGGUCUUACCAAAUUGUAAGACACGCAGGAGUCUUUGAGAUGAGUACGAUGGUUAACUUGGAGAUUGGAUUUCAAUUCAAGAGCCUUUGACUCGUCCAGGUGUUAAACCUGACGAGAAGAUGAGCAUUUGCUCUUCGACUCCGCAACACGGGGGAUAUAUAAAUUCCACCUUGCUAGAAGGUGAUGUGAAAGUGAGAAAAUGUCAUGCAAUGCUAUUUUUAAGAAACUGUAUGAGCCGAAAAUGGAUGUGAUUUUGACCAUUCGCUUCAAAAUAACAGCGGAAAUCGAGAUAACAAAACAUAUGUUUUGUGUCCUACUUUGCAGACGAGGACGUGUAUCGACGUUUUGAAAAGCAUAAUUAUGUUCUUUCAUUCAUUCAUUGCCAUGGAAUAUGCGUUUACAUUGUUUUUUCACUGUUAAUAGCUCGGUUAAUGCGGCUGGCGAUCAACUUGCCGGCGGAAGUUUCAUAGAAAAGGAAUAAAAUGAAAGACUUUUCCUAACGAUUUCGUAUUCAGCCUCUGUGGUGAAGUGGUUAGGUGUAGUCGCGUCGAGUCGAAGUUGCCGGGUUCGAGUCCUACCGAAUUAUUAAUUGCUACUUUCUUUUUUUUUCCGUUUUUUGUGUUGUUGUUUUCUAUAAAUAUAUAGCUAAAUAACUGUUACUUAAUAAAGUGCAACAAACAGCAAGAAAAGUAUUGUGUUUCCAGAGAAAAUAUCGUGCACCGCUUAUUAAAUAUAUGGAUAAACAAUCUGAAUUUCUAUUAUUUCCUACAAUUUACUGUGGCAAAAACCAGAGUUGAUAACCACUUGAUCAUUUUCUAAACAACGUUCCCACGAGUUCUUUCUAUAGACUGAUAGUAAUUAUUCUAGUACUUUCCAACAUGUAAAUAGGACAUUCAAUGUCAUUUUUGAUUCUUUUAAGUCUCACUGCCUAACUAACGCCAGUAUCAACAGAAUGUGCAGCAGCAUUACUAUCUUUUAGAUACCCUAGUAUAAGUAUUUGAAUAUGAAAGAGGAAGAGAUUUGUCGACAUGAUGUGGUGCUUUUGUUUGUUCUUUAAUGAAGUUGUACUUAUUUAAAUCCAGCUUUCCUUUAAAGGCGUUUUUACUAACUUACUGAAGCCACCGGACAGACAUAAAGGCGAUUGAUUCAUUCUUUUUCCUUUUCACGUUAACAGCAUUGCCUCUGGAUUCAGGCAUGUUGAAAUCGGAGCUGUUGAAAAGGCAAUCACUGUGGUACAUUACAAACCGUCAGCUCAAAAGAAGGAUCAGUUCCAGGAAAUUUUUAUGGAAUAUGAAAGGAAGAAUCUGUGCUGUGAUGACGGAUUUUUGAUAAUAUUCUGCCAUGAUCGUUAUUACAAGGUACAUUUCUGCUUCUAUGAAAUAAUUAUAAAUAUUCGAGUUAUCGUCUGUUCUUCAAAUCACUUAUCCGACGCUCGAUACAAUAUUAAAGUGUCUGGCUAUAUAUCUUCUAGAUGCCGCAGUGGGACACCCAAUGAAGUCCGUCCUCAUCAUCAUACCGCGAUUAUGAUUCACAAAAUUACGCUCAAAAAGCUCCUCCGUACCUCACUGGGGCAUUUCACCUAGCUCGUAAAACUACGGCUUACAACCUCAAAGACUCAUGUCUAAUUUAGCACUGGAAAAUCCAACACGAAUACCUGAAAAAGAACUUUUCGUAUAGCGGUGUAAAGGCAUGGAAUUCUCUCCAAACUAUGAUUAAAGCAGAACCGUCUCUUUAGGUUUUAAGAAAUCUUCGCGCAGUGUCAGUCUCCAGGGCACUGAUUAAUUUUAGUUGUCUACCUGCCUACCCGUCCAUUAAGCUGUCUGUCCGUCCUUCCGUACGUCAGUCCACUUAUCCCUCGGUCCUUCCUGUACGUCCGUCCGUCCGUCCGCCCAUCCAUCUAUCUAUACCUAUAUCUGUUUGAUUAUCUGUGUGUAUAUCUGCGUCUCUAUCUAUUCAGGUACCUCUCUCUGAGAUAAACAAAUCCUUUAUUUAAACACCAUAACAAUCAAACACAAGCACGUAAAAGCUUGUGAGACCGUGUAAAUCACAAGCCGCCAAAAUACGUUCCUGUUGAUAUAUUUUUGACCAAAAAAGAGACUGAUAGUUAUCGCAAACAGGGGUUUCACAUUGUAACUGAGAUAUUUUCAUCGGGUACACAACGACCACGCGCACACUUAUAGCGUACGCAAACUGAAGUAGAGAGGUUAGAAAUUUUCCAACGAAACUGAACCAUUAUAUUUGGGUUUUCUUUGACUCCAAUGCGCUUUUAGGACAAAAAGCAACACCAAAUAUGGUGAGUCAGCUGCCUUACGGUCAACCGAUACAUGACUUCUUGCUUUUUUUUUAUAGUUAAAGGGCAAGAAUGUUCCAUUAGCCUACAACGAGCAACCGAUCAUCAACGCCAUAAAGGCGUUUCAGGUAUUACUAACUUAACACACAUAUUAAUAAAUGUAAUAAUACGGUUGUUUUAAUUAAGAUCAACAUAGGAGGCCGGCUAGCCUCUCAAAGAGAAGCCUAGAUGUGACUGACAGAUUUGCGGUAAUUAAAACCCUUCUAAUGGUAACCUAAAGUAAGUUUCAACAUCAAACAUCUAACAAAAGCAGACCUACAAAUACUUGCAUCUACUUUUUAUGUCAUUUACAGCUCCGUAAAUAUGAUUAAAGUAUUUGACUCAACAUCGGUAAGAUUAUCCAUCGUUUUCUUCCUUGCAGGAAACAAAAUAUCCCAAAGCAUUCACUGCGGAAACUUUCGGUAAGACUAAAGAUAAUAAGUCAGUUUACUACCGUAUUCACUUGAGCCUUGAAUCAAAUAAUCGCCGCGGACUGGAGUAAGACGGUCCUUGUGUUCGGUGUUCAAGACAUCGUUCACGUAAAGGCCGUAACCAAUAUUUUAAAAUGAUUUUACCCACCAAGAAUCUGCACGAAUUAUUUAGGAGUUUUUACAUGUUGUUUGCUCUAUUACAGACAGCCAAGAGGAACUCGAAAAAAGUGACAUCUACAAGGUAGCCAUUUUAGUUGGAGGUCAUUAGUUAGAGUGAAAAUAAGGGCUCAAAAAGCAAGAAAUUCUUUCUGUGGGUCAAAAUUUUAUCAAUAUUUAGUAUAUACUAAACAGUGGUUAGUGUUUUUUCCUACUUUCCCGGCACGCCUUUAGCGUCUGUUACGUGUACUAACUAUAAGCUCUCAUUGGCUAAUUUUCUCAGACACUUAGGGACAAUUGCGCUUGUUUAAGAAACUCUUUUAAGUCCUUCUCUUUUCAUUAUUAAACUGAUAAGGAGGCUAGAAUUAAGAGGAUCUUAAAAGAAUAAUAAAAAAAACUCUUAAAAGUGAAAUUAAGCGGUAUUUUGUUUCCUUUCUAUUGACAGAAAUCUCCCCAGUUUAUUGUUAAGUUGAUCAGGUAUGUUGUUAUCAAACAUCUCUCUCCUAACAGAAAGACUUACUUCCUACGUUUUUAUUACAAGAAGGCAUUCCUUUUAGUCUAAUCAAAUUAAACAUCACUUUUUGUCCAAUUCUUAACCUUUUCUUUAAAACUGACAGGAGAUUGCCUAGCAACAACAGGAUGUAGCUCCUAUGUCCAGACCAAAAACUGAUACCGUCAACUCUUUCCAAGACGAAAACCUUUCAGAUCGGCGAUAAGUGAUAGAAUUGACUAAAAGGAGUCAAGAAAAGCAGGGACCAACUCUAGGUGUCCGUUAGGCAGGCAGCCAGUCUAAGUGUUCGUUUUAACGAGGUAUAUUUGUCUGAUAGAGAGUCAGCUAAAAGGAGUAACGAAAUACAGGGAGCCACUGUUAGUGUCCGUUUUAGCGAGGCGUCUGUUGAGAGAGAGCCGACUUUAUAUCGUGAACCCCGCUUUACGGACACUGUGACAGGGUCCCUUUAGCCUGUGCCAGGCUCUCAGAUAGUACAGUGGGAACGUAUUAAAACGAGCAGAACGACUUUCCACCACCAUCUCGGAGCCUGGAACAGGCUAGGGUCCCUUUGGUGUCUGUGUUCAGUAACCGGGUUCCACUGUACUCUAUUUAUACAGAGUGACAGGCACUGAGACGAAGGAAUUUGGCUUCAAGGUCGAAGGAGAAUUCAAUGACUUACAGGAUUUUGUAGAUGAUGCAAAGAAAUUGGAUAGAGAUGAU